UUCAUUGAAGGCGUGUAUUGCGCGCAAGCGCGCUUCUAUGUGGUGUGGCUUGAGUUCGAAAACCAACCUCAUUCAGCGGCAGAAUGCAUCUGAAAGUGGGAGAAACAACCUGCAGCAAGGAUUGCCUGAACGUAAAGGGAUGGUAAAUAGUAGUAGUUGCCAGCAAGAUAGUAGUGGAAUAUCGCUGCAGGAAUCGUGUACAUCGCACAGAAACGCAUAACUUCGUCGUGGCUGUGCCUGCGUGAGGACUGUACUGAACACAGAGUGUGAAAGGCUGCACAGGAAGCUGUGCAGGAAGCAGGAGGGUGAGGAGUAGUCACACCCAUUGGCCUCCAUGCUGAUUACUCUCAGUGUGGCCACCAAGGAGCCUCAGGUCUUUCAUGGAGCACCACCGGUCAGCUCCUUCAGCCCCACGGUGGAAGUGACCUCCAUGGACACCGUUCCCGUCUCGUCGCCUCCACUCCCCCCACCCCCACCACCCCCACCGCCUCCACCACCCUCAACCCCCCAAACCAGGCGGGACACCACCCGCCGUUCCCGGCUACGCAACCUCAACUGGGAGCGGAUCCCGAAGGAGCGCGUGGAGGGACGGAGAAGCGUGUGGAGUGGGGUGGACGCCGCUGAAGACCUUACGAUUGACCUUCACUCGCUGGAUGAGUUGUUCAGCCAGAAGGAGACUAAACCCGUGGACAAAGUCCCAAGCUUCAGACGCAGUUUUACACGCUGUGGGUCCCCCCAGGACUCCAGUGCCGACAAGGUGGCCCUGUUGGAUUCCAAACGCAGCAUGAAUGUGGGGAUAUUUCUGCGACACUCCAAGAGCGUGGCCAGCGAGGUUGUGGAGGACGUCAGGCAGGGGGCCUGGGAGAGGUACGACGCCGAGAAACUGAGCGACCUCUGCAAACUUCUGCCCGACAGUGAAGAGGAGAAGAAGUUGCGGUCGUUCCAAGGGGACCGCAGCCGCCUUGGAGAGCCUGAUCUCUUCAUGGUUCUGCUGGUGAACGUGCCCAGUUUUCGGCUACGCCUGGAUGCCAUGAUCUUACAGCAGGAGUUUGACCCUGCCGUGACCUCUCUGUGUGUGGCGGCCCGCUGUCUGGGGGAGGCGGCCAGAGAGCUGCUAAACUGUCAAGAGCUGCACUCCAUCCUACACCUGGUUCUGAAGGCCGGAAACUAUAUGAACGAUGGAGGAUAUGCAGGGAAUGCAGCUGGCUUCCGCAUCGCCUCACUGCUCAAGCUCGCUGACACCAAAGCUAACAAGCCAGGCAUGAAUCUGCUACACUUUGUGGCCAUGGAAGCAGUGAAGAAGAACCCAAGCUUAUUAUCUUUCUCCAGUCAGCUGGGCCAUGUGGGACCAGCCUCCAGGCAGUCUGAAGAAUCUGUGAAGGAGGAUCUCUCCCGGCUGCGGAUGAGGGUGGAGGCGUUACGUGCCAACAUUCAGACAGAGGUUGAGAUACAGCAGCACAUGCAGACUUUCCUGGAGUCUGCAGAGGGGAGGCUGGGGGAGGUGGAGGCUGAGGUGGAAGCUUUGCAGAAGGCCAGCCAGGCCCUGGUGGAUUUUUUCCUAGAGGAUGAAACGUCGUUUAAGCUUGAGGAAGCCUGCCGCAUCUUCUACUCUUUCUGUCAUCGCUUCCAGAGAGCUGUCCAGGAGAAUGCAGAACGUGAGCUGCAGGAGCAGCGGCGGGCGGAGCGGCAGCGGGAGAGCGCCGAGAAGCGCCGCUCUAUUGCGGCCUGCACAGGACUGGGGCUUGGACCGGGCCAGGAUGACCUGGAGCGCACCCUGGAGAAGAACCUCCUCUAUCCCUGGCACCGCCGCAGCCUGCGCCACUCUGAGGCCCGGAGGAACUCGUACCAGUGCAGUGCGGUUGAGCGGCUGAACGCUGACAGUCAGCAGGGUCUGAGUACUGAGACAAUGUGCGUUAAACUAAAUGGGGACACUGUACGCAACACACAAGGACCAAACACUGAUGUUGCACACAGCAGACAAGGGCUUAACGCUGAUACCGUAGAUGGAAAACAAGGACUGAACACUGAUUCGCCACACGGCAGACAGGAAUUGAACACAAACACGACACAGAGCCAACAGGGGCUGACCACUGUUGCCAUUCCAAGCUUACUGAACCUCAGUACUGUCACCACACCCCUCCAGCAAGAACCAACCAGCGACGCUACGCUCCAGAUACAUGGGUCGACCACCGAGCAGCCCCCUACAAACACCAUGCACAAGAAAGAGGAGCAUUCUGCUAAUACUGCACCCAUUAGAACAGAGCUGCCCUCUGACACCACACACAGAGCCUGGGGCCCUGCUCCGAACCCUUCGGAGAGCAUGUCAGUGAUGGUUGCCCAGGGGGGCGAUCUGACGGCUGAUGAGCCGUCUGUAGAGAGCGCCCGGCUGCUGCGGCUUGUGUCCGAAAGGGUGCUGAGACAGCAGGGGACGCUGGGCGGGGCCUCUCCCGCUGAGGUGGACAUGCAGGCCGAAUCGAUGGUACCAGAGCCCGUCGCACUGCUGGCACGGGACGCUGACCCGUCCAGCCCGGCGGGUGACCGGAUUUACCCUCGUGUGGGCGAGACCUUGGAGUGCCACACCCUAGUGCGGGGCCUGCGCUCCUACGAGAGCAUGACCACGCCCCUCCCCCGGCCUGUGCCCAGCCACUGCUCCAAGUGGAGGAAAGAGAGGGAGGCGGACGAGCGUGACGGAGCAAAGUCCCCCCUGAACAAGGACGACGCCCGCGGCGGCAAGGACCCGGCUAGGGGGCCACGAAGGGGCCUGAUGACACUGGGGUCGCCUAGCAACCCCGGCAUCCCCAGGGUCCGCAGCAAGGCAGAGUCGGCAGCUACCGAUGACGGGCCUUUCACACGCGGGUCCCGGCUGCCCCCCCCUCGCAGUGCCUCUGCCCGCUCCUCCAUGCCCGUCCGGCCGGCUGGCACUCAGUCCGAAAUCAAACGAGCCGCCAGUGCGCGGGAAAAAGUGCGGCUCGUAGCCGAACAGGGCGGAAAGCCUGGCCGCAGCCUUCCGGAGCAGACCAAGGCUGAGAAGGACAAGGCGGAGGCCAUCCAGGGCGGGUUCGUCAGGGGCUCCCCCCUACGAGUGACCAAGCGCCUUGCCCCUAACCCCGAGUCCCACACCCCCUCCUCACCCCGCACAGUUCCGAACCCCUCCUCCACCACCGCUAAGACCAUUCGCAAAGCUGUUAUCACUGCUGCAGCUAUGAAAACCGCCAAGAACUCUGAGUCUAACAAACUCAAGUCCCCAGGGACACGACUGCCAGGCCCCAAGGUGUCCCGUCCUGCCACCCAGCCAGCCUCCCAGCCUAUGUGGAGGUGAACCAUGAACACCAAUAUACAGUGUAUAUGUAAAAGUAUGUGUAUAUAUAUUUAUGUGUAUGUGGGUAAAACCACAAGAAACUAUAUGUAUUUGGGUAUGCAUGCAGUUUUUUUAAUUGAGCUUGAACAGAUUUUAUACAUGGGCAAUGCAUUUCCUUGUGGAUUGCACUUUGUCUGUGGGUCCUCUGGUGCCAUAUUCAGAAGCUUCCACCUGCUACUGAACUGCAGCACAACUUCAUUGUGGGGAACCAUGGGUGCCCCCCCCCCCCCCCUUAUUCCCAAGUGAAAGUGAGAACCACCAGAAUCAACGGGAAGGAGGGGGAAAUUGACUUUAUUCUCAGCUCUAUCAACUGCCCAUCUGCCAAGUUUUCUGAAUGGAGUCACUGUACUUUCUCAUGCUGGGUGAAGUGCCCCUGUUAUGUAUAUGGGAGAAGUGUAACUGUUGGGAUACUGCACAAUCUUGUCCAGCGACUACUACCUCCAGCCACUAGAGGGCCCUGUGCAGGUAAUGGGGCACCUCUGGGGGAAUCCCUCAGUAUACCUCCAGGCAAAUACCUGAAAUGCAUUACGCCCACUGUGCAUCAGACCUUGUUUAUGUGCUUUGUUGUCUCAAAGGAGUGCAACACUUAAAAGCUAGUGUCUGUAUUGACAUUCUCCUCUGCCUAUAUGUCUUGUAUUUGCUAGCCUUCCAAAGUACUUGAUUUUCAUCAGAAUAGGUCCUGAAGUCUAAGGCACAUGUUCUAAUUCUUCCAAGUUCCCAUGUUAAGUUUUAGCCCUAUUCAAUCUUUACCUAUCCCUAUCUGAUCUAAACUAGGAUUGUUACAUUCCAUCUGCAUCACAUUUAUGCCCCAUAUUUUCCUAUAUGAAGAAAGGCUAAAAAAUCUGUAGCCAUAACCAAUUAAACUCAUGAUAGAACUUUUGACAGGACAGAUAAUUAAUUGCAUUCAUUCAGCACACCUGGUUUGAUGCUAAUAUAAUUUCAAUGCUUUUUGCUAACACCCGUGUUAUUUAAUGGUCCAGCCCAGCACUAGGUACAGAACUGACUGCACUCAAACUCUCUCAGUGGGACCUUCUCAUCCUGGUGCACUUUAGAAACUGAAGAGGGGUUGGUUUUGGGUGUUUGUGUUUCAUUAUUAUAUACGGGAUAUUUUUGUUACUUUUUUUGCUGAAAAAAGAAAGAAUAAUUUAACAGAAUAAAUGAUUAUUACCUGGUGUAAUUUUUGUAUGACAGACAUUUGUAAAUAAGAGAAAGUAAAAUAAAGAUGAUCAUCACAA